AUGGCUACAGCUAACCACACCGAGGCGGCUUCGUCGCCGUUCCACUCCAAAUGGUCUGACAAGUACCGCGGCGCCACUGUCGAGGACCUCGACCCACCCUCCGCGCUCUCCUGCAACCCCUCCGACCCGAUCUCCUAUGCGCUCCUCACGGCCUUCGAGAGGGACUACACGCACCUUACGGUCGUCUCGCAAGACACCCGCGCGCUGCUGGGCUACCUGAGCAUACCACGUCUGCGCGAGCUGAUACAGCAGGGGACGGUGAAGGAGACGGACCCGGUGUCGGCAGCGAUGAUCAAGUUCAGGAGGAAGGCGAAUACGUAUAAGGUCAUCACGAUGGACACGCCGCUGGAGGAGCUGGAGACGUUCUUCAUGAAGGGAAACGAUGGGCAGACGCCGCAGGACUUUGCGGUUGUGACGGAUCUGAGUCGGCGGUUUGUGCUCGGCGUUGCGACUGUCCAUGACCUAGAGGAGUUUGCGAGGAGGAGACCAGCUUGA